GCACCCAUCAAAAUACAUCAACAAUCCUCCAUCCAAAGGUCUCAGCUUUCAAGCCUUGAAAAGCUUCUAACUUUUGGGUUUUUUUUGUCUUACUUCCCACUGGGGCAGAUCCAAUUUAAUGUUCCUUCUUGACACACUCUUAGCUCUUUGAUUUGAUCCUGGAUUUUGAAGGUUAACAAUGCUGUAUUAGACAAUCUCAGCUCAGACUCUAGUUGAAACUGUAAAGAAGAAACAUGGUUCAGAAACUGGAAGCUACCAAGAGUGGUGGAGGAUCCAUCAAGAUAGGGACGACUGGAACAAUUGGUUCCCUGAUGACAAGGGAGUUGGAUUUGAUUAAAUCAGCUCCACAAACACUAGUAUCUUGCAGGCACAAGCCUCAAACAGUUCCUGUAUCAGUUUCCUGUAAUUGUGCCAUGCCUAAAAGGUUACAGAUGAGGAAGUCACUAGAUGAAGCAAGCACCAGCGGUGGCAGCAACAGCAUGAAUGGUAGAAGCCCUCAAAAUGCCCAGAAGAGGAAAUGCAAUCUGAAAAAUACAAAUCGAGUUCCAAUGCUUGGAUCUGAUAAUAUUGCUCUGGAAAGAACUCCUAGUAGAGAGAAAACUGACAAGAAAGUAAACAUUGUUGAAAUUGUGGACAUCAAAUGUGGGAAUCCCGAUAGAGCGUGGGCUAGUCCUCUCACAAAUCGACUCAAGAAGAUUGGAUUCUCUAAGCUUUCUGAGAGCAUGAUCUAAACCUGCAACUUCUUCACAUCAGGCUUCAAGUUUCUGUAACCCAAUCCUGAAACCCCAACUGGCCUGUUCUCUGAUAUUUCCACCAUGGAACAUAUGCUCGGUAGAAGCUUGCUUCCUCCUUUCUUUUUCUUCCUUUGAGUUGCUACAGUGGACCCAAUAGUAGGCCUGCAAUGACCACUAGAGGAUGCUGUGUCUCUGAUAUUGCUAUGACUAGGGGGCUUCUUCAAGCUAUCUUGGUUACUUAAUUCAAGCUGGUUGAAGUACUCGAUUUCUUUCUUUAUGAGGGAUCCAACAGUACCUUUGGUGCCUAUUUCUACAGGAGGUGCAGCCAUUUCUUCUGGGACUUUUGUGGCAAUUGUGAAGGUUUUGUGCAUGAUUUGAAAACAGGGUUCAAGGACGAUUGUGGAUGAAGGAGAGUUUGUUUGGAUGGAGCAAUUGCUUUGAGUCUGGAACAUUUGGUGAUUGGCCUUAUUCCCCUUUUUUUCACAUGAAUUCUUUACCUCAUGUUCUUUAUCUAAAGUGAACAGCUUUAGACGCCUGGCUGAGGACAUGAUUAUUGUAUUCAUGUGCUUUCACUUAAAAACAUUUAAGUUUCUAACUAUUUCACCUCUCUCUUUUUAAACUUUUGAACUUAUGGAUCCCCUUUUGAUUUUGUUUGUUAUCUAGUUGGGAAUUUUGGUUGCUGCUGAUUAGGAGUAAAUGGUCAGUUAUAUC